AAAUAAAAUGAAUAUAGGCAAUGGCCGGUGAUAUAGGUGGUGUUUUAUUUUUUUGCGAGUCUUGGGAGUUAGGAGUUUCAGCGUAGCAGCUAAGCUCUCUUCUCUGUUCUGUUUCAAGAAUUUUCUCCAUGGAUUUGCAGGACUUUCUUAUCCGUGCUCGAGUGUUGAAGCUUUACAGGCAAGCAUUGAGAAUUGCUGGUCGAGCCCCUACUUCUGCUAGAGCUGAACUGAGACAGACAAUUAGACAAGAGAUGGAAAAUAAUCGUAACUGCAAUGACAAGCGGAGGAUCCGUUACUUGAUCAGUGAAGGAUUGGAUCGUUUGAAACGAUUGGAUGAAAUGCUUGAUAUGCAAGGUCACUGACGGUGAAUGUGUAUCGAAUUAUGAGUUGAAAAUAUGAACCAAGAAGUAUAUGAAAGCUUAGUUCCUCUGCCGCAGCAAUCACAAAGGGUGAAUGGAAGGACGACUUCGGAUGGAAACUGAUUUUUAUUGUAUUAAUUCUUUCAGCUUUGAUUUCAAUAUGAAUAUUUAACUUCCGAGUUCCAACUCAGUUUCUGUGAGAAGUGCCUAAUUUGUUGUUUCAGUAAUAAAACU